AUGAGAGCUGACAUCUCACAUCACGUGUGUUCAUCAUCCACGCGGCAAGUGUGGACCGUCCAGAAACCACUGGAACCUCAACCCGGGGGGAGGGCAUGUGUUUUCAGAACCGGGUCAGAGGAGGGACAAGGGGGGUCACACAAUGGAGAUAGGACUUCAGUGUUUGUGGUUUUUGUAUUCCCCGUGGCCUCGGUGGGUGUGCUCACUUUAAAGGAGCCAGUGAACUGUGAGGACUUGAGACAUGAGACCGUCCCGCCUGCCUCCCCCUAG